UAACGCGUGUGAGCGAGGAGCGAGUGAGUGAGUGGGCUCACGCCGAGGAUUGCGCGCGCGUCCACAGAUGCUUUGGCGACGGGAAAGAGUGGAUGUGUUUUGCAACUCCUCUAUUGACUUUUUUUCUUUUCUUUUUUUACCCCCCCAACUGGCAAACACCUUCUUAUAUCUGCCGGAGGAAGGAUUAUUACUAUAAUGGGUGGAUCAGCGGUUCAGCUGCGGAUGGAUGAGAUGCGCACUUGACCAGCAUCACUUCUUCUUCACUAUCUCUCCUUCUUUCUUUGGGUGCGUGCGUCCACUCUCUCAUUUGGAAGGACGCCAGUCCCACCGGAACCUCGCAAGUUAGCUCCAAUAAAUUCUGACAUUGUCUGUCAGGCAUCAACUAAUCGAUCCUCAAAAGAGAGAGGAAGGGAAAAAAGAGGGGGGACUCAGAAUUUUAACGAUCCCCCCCAUUCCCUCCCCUCUUAUAAAUAUGCAAUUUGUCGCGUUUGGCUCGGCUCGGUCCGGCUUCACGCCUCUCUUUCUUUUUUUAAACAGCAGGAGCUGCAGCAGGGACUGAUUCUUGCUGAUUUCCUCUUUUUUUUUGUCCAUGCAAGACCUGCAGUGGAAACAUGUCUGGCCACUUCCCUGAGAGGACCCCCGCUGUCAGAGAUGGCAUUCUGGUCCGGCACUGUCGCCUCUAAAGUGCCCCGGAAGAUCUUGUUCAUGUUCACCCUCUCCCUGUCCGUCACCUACUUGUUCUACAGCUUGAUGAGCUGCUACAACUCGCUGCAGUUCCCGCUGCAGGACAACUUCGCCUACCAGGCUCGCUCGGCCGGCACCGAGGAGACCACUCUGGCGAGGGAACAACUUUACUCCACCUCGCCAAGCUUCGCUGAGGCUCAGUUCGGCCACGAGAGCACGCUGCUCUCCAUUGUGGACCGGGAGCAGGGCGGCGAUCAUGCGGGAACUCGCCGGGCAUCUCCCACAGAGUCCACCCGCCUCCGGGCGGCCACGGAGGGCGACCUGCGGGUGAACUGUACCUCGGAUUACGGCGAGAAGAAACUGCCUCAAGCCAUUAUCAUCGGGGUGAAGAAAGGGGGAACCCGAGCCUUGCUGGAGGCGCUCAGGGUGCACCCAGACGUCCGAGCAGUUGGGAACGAGCCGCACUUCUUUGACAGGAACUACGAAAAGGGUCUGGACUGGUACAGGGACCUGAUGCCUUCAACGCUGGAGGGACAGAUCACCAUGGAGAAGACCCCCAGUUACUUUGUAACCAACCAAGCCCCGAAGCGCAUCCACACCAUGGCUAGAGACAUCAAGCUUAUUAUCGUGGUGCGUAAUCCUGUCACCAGAGCCAUUUCGGACUACACACAAACUCUGUCCAAGAAGCCCGAGAUCCCGACCUUUGAGGUUCUCGCCUUUAAAAACCGAACCCUAGGUCUCAUAGACGCUUCGUGGAGCGCUUUGCGCAUCGGAAUAUAUGCGCUACACCUGGAGAGCUGGAUGCAGUACUUCCCUCUUUCCCAAAUGCACUUUGUCAGCGGCGAGAGGCUGAUCGUGGACCCCGCAGGCGAGAUGGCUAAAGUCCAGGAUUUCUUAGGCCUCAAGAGGAUCGUGACAGACAAACACUUUUACUUCAACAAGACGAAAGGUUUCCCAUGUCUGAAGAAGCCAGAGGACAGCAGCACUCCCCGCUGCCUGGGAAAGUCAAAAGGAAGAACUCACCCCAAAAUCGAGCCUGACGUGAUUCGACGGCUGCACAAAUUCUAUAAGCCCUUUAACAUGAUGUUCUACCAAAUGACUGGACAGAACUUUGAAUGGGAGCAGCAAGAGGAGAGCAUAUCUCGAGGCUCUCUGGUCUAGCGGGCAGAGCCACCCACAAGCCUUCUACAAACUCUUCUUUAAAAAAAAAAAAAAAAGAAAAGAAAACCGAACUAUUCUAUUCCAUCUUCAGAGGGCACACUAGGAUGCAAUCAUGGCACUGUCCAUUUGCCUUCUCCCCUUCCCCUCAUAACUAAAUGUUGUUGAAGAUGACAGAUGAAUAUUGUACAUACCAAACAUAAAAUAUAUUUAUAUUUGUGAAAAAGGAUGAUCUAUUCGUUUGUUUUCAAAUGAUAAUGCAGAUUUUUCUCUAUAAUAACUCACAGAAGAAGUUAUGACAUGGCGGUGACACUGGCUGACCCUCUAAAAAGUUUAUUGUUGAAUAAAAUGAUUACUGCCGACCUCUAAAUUGACAAGGCAACAAAAUUUGACCGUGGAGUUCUUUCCAGUGAGAACCAAUUGUGACCUUAUCGUCAACAUGAGAAGAGUAAUAUUUCUGUCAAUUCAAGAAGCCAAUUGAUAUUGAGUGGUGGUGUCCAGCCUCCAGCUGUAUGAAGGCAGCUAAAGGCAAAUGUCAAACAGUAAACUAAAUGUUCCUUUUUUAACCUUCAGGGAUUAUUGUUCAUGUCAGCAAGGCAAGCAUAUUGAUUCGAAAACAUAUCCAAGUCGACUGCAGUCCAAAGGUCCAAAGCCACUCUUUUGUUUCAUUAAGAUUAUUGUUGAAUAACAGUUUAAAUAAUAUGCAAUUGCUGUUGGUAUGACAGGGAAUGUCAGACAUUUUAUUACUACACUGCUGGUCAAAAGUAUGCACCCACGCAAUUCAGUAAGAUAAUGCUCAAUUUCUCCUAGAAAAUGAUGAAAAUUAC